AGACAUGCCAAGGACCACAAAAACAAACCAAGUUUCUAAGAGUUUUGAAAACAAAAACAAAACAAAAAAGAGAGCAAAGAAGAAAGAGAAGAUCAUUACAUAGAAAAAAAAAAAGAGAGAGAGCAAAUGGAGUGGAGGACAUGGUACUUAGAUGCAGUUCUUGUUCCGUGUGCUCUACUUAUGAUGUUUUCUUACCACAUCUUCUUGUGGUAUAAGGUUCGAACCGAACCUUUCUCUACCAUCGUCGGAACCAAUUCCCGCGCCCGUCGAUCUUGGGUUGCUGCCAUAAUGAAGGACAAUGAGAAGAAGAACAUAUUAGCCGUACAAACAUUACGAAACACGAUAAUGGGAGCAACGCUUAUGGCAACAACUUGCAUCCUCCUCUGUGCAGGCCUUGCUGCCGUUUUAAGCAGUACUUAUAGCAUCAAGAAGCCUCUAAACGAUGCAGUAUACGGAGCUCAUGGUGAAUUUACAGUGGCACUUAAAUACGUAACCAUCCUCACAAUUUUUCUCUUUGCUUUCUUCUCUCAUUCUCUCUCCAUUCGCUUCAUCAACCAAGUAAACAUCCUCAUUAACUCUCCUCAAGAGCCUUCCUCUGAUGAUUUCGGCGGCAUCGGAAGCUUUGUAACUCCUGAAUAUGUCUCUGAACUCCUUGAGAAAGCGUUCUUGCUCAACACAGUAGGUAACAGGCUGUUCUACAUGGGAUUGCCUUUGAUGUUAUGGAUCUUUGGGCCGGUGCUUGUGUUCUUGAGCUCUGCGCUGAUGGUUCCUGUUCUUUAUAACCUCGACUUUGUGUUUUUGUUGAGCAAUAAGGAGAAAGGUAAAGUGGAUUGCCAUGGAGGUUCUGAUGAUCAAUUCUCUCCUUGAUUACUUAUGUUGAUGGUUGAUUAUGAUUAAUGAUAAACUUGUUUAAUAAUAAGGACUUUCGAAGCAAUCUUCUCUUUUAUAACGGUACGCAGAAAGAGUUAUAUGCCCAAAGGCACAUGCAUUUGCCUUAAUCAACUAAAUCCACUCGUUAAUUCGC